AUCACAAGUAUAUAACGAUGUGAAACUUUGUUCACAGGCUUGAUUAAUGUAGAUUUAUAGUGUUAUCAUUGGAGGGGCAGAAACCCUUACCAAAAUGAUGAACUAUUAUUUCAAGAGUUUCUUCAAAAUCACCGACGCCGCAGACAAUGACGUAAACCUCCUCCUUUUGGGCGAAACAAGAGUCGGAAAGUCAACUCUGGUCAACGCCAUUUCGAACUACUUCAAUUAUGCCAGUUUCAAAGAAGCGCAAAAACGGGACAUCGACAUACUAAUCCCCAUGUAUUUAAACGUAGCCGAAAGUAGCAGAGUUUUUGGCACAGCAGACGAGAACGAAGUCCACGACCAAGGCAAAUCUGCAACUCAGUACGUCAAAGUCUACGUAUUCCCGAUUAAAAUGGACAACAAGACCUUCAACCUGAGACUGAUCGACACACCAGGAGUGGGAGAUCCCAGAGGAAUGGAACAAGAUAACAUCAAUCUGGACAACGUCCUUGCGUACUUGGCCACGCUGAAGAAACUCCACGGGAUUUGUUUCGUUCUGAAGUCCAAUCAGACGAGGUUCACCAAGUUCGCGGAGUACUGUCUUAAGCAGAUAUUGACGCGCCUGGAUAAGAGUGCCAGUCAGAACAUCAUUUUCAUUACGACUUACAGUAAAACGGCAGGUUACACAGCUGGGGAGACGAAGAGUCACUGUUUGGCGCCACUGGUUAAAGACAUCAAGUCAAGACCCCCAUACGCUAAUAUUCCUUUGAGCGACGACAACGUCUUCUGUUUGGACAACGAAGCAUUCGAAGCCUUGUUGGCCAGUCAAGAUGGAAAACGAUACACCAAACGCGAAGUCAAAGGUUUCGAGACGAGCUGGCAGGUGUCGUCGAACGAAAUUCAGCGUUUAUUGAGGUACGUUAUUGGAGAUGCGUCUAGUCCAGGUUUGAAACCCCACGACGUCGAAAACACAAUCAGUAUCAACGAAGUACGAUUUCACAUUGAACAACUUGCGACUCCCAUUGCGGAAGUGUCGGAACUCAUCCAAGACAACAUCAGAGUACUCGACGCUCAUAAAAAAAAAAUGCAACAGAAUGACCAAACUCUCGAAGAACUCAAACAGCAAAUGCACAUACCUUGCGUUAAUAUUGAAGUGAAGGAGCUAACUCAACCGGUAACGGUUUGCACGGACCCUAAAUGUGCAGACAUCGUGAAGGUCAACAACGUGACCCAGUGGCACUACAAGAAACGAUGCCACAACCCCUGUUACUUGACCGGGGUUCCUAAAGAAAUGUUCGGCGAUCCCAAACUGAUGUGUUGUGCGGCCAUGGCAGGCAGACCCAAUUGUCAACAGUGCGAAUGCCCCUGGCAAGUCCACAUGCACAUCUACAAAGAAACCACCAAAGUUUCAGUCCGCACAGAAGACCAGAACGUGUUAGGCGUCAUCAAAAACAAACAAGACGCUCGAUUCCAUAUGCAUAAACUAAUCGAAGAUUUAAACACGCGGAGGCGAGAACUGGAAAAAGAGGGCGAAACCAUUUCGAGUAUCGUCGCCAAGUUUUCGUGGUUCUUGCAAGAACACGCGCUGACGCCCUUCAAUGACGCCUACGGUGAAUACAUUGAGCAACUUAUCAAAAAUGAAAAGUACCUAGGAAGGCUCGCCGAUCGAGAGGUCAUAGAGAAACUCGAAAACCUCCUCAGCCAACACUAUAAUUUACAAGCAACCUUUCACGAGAGCGCUAAGAAUGCCCAAGGACAACCUCCCGGCGAUUUAUCCCUUAAAGGAAUCCAGAAAAGUAUUGCCGAACUCUACAAAUUGAAACACAUGGGGAAAACCAUACAAGAACUGAUACAAAAAUCCAUCGCUUGUCGCAACAAAGAAAGGCAGAAAAAUUUCGGUUGCGUUACGUUGCGAGAAGUAGUCGAUUUGGAUAAGACAGCAGCUGAACGAGAACGAUGUGAAUUGACAGAGAGCGAUGACGACGAACAACCACGCCAGACCAAAGCGUCUGAAGAAGAAUAUGAAGUGGACGUAGACUGGGGCAAAGAAAGCUACGUUCCGUACGAACCUGUGAGUGCAGUAACAUACACGUAUAACGGUAGCAACCGAGAAGACGACAGAUCAAUCUUUUCAAAUUAUCAUCAUUCCACAUCUAGACAAUCGUCAAAGCCGAGAACUUUCAUAGAUGAUGACGGAUUUAAUUCUAGGCAACACUCAAGACGAACAUCUCCAGACAGACGUUACGUCCAACCACGAGAUACCUACACCCAAAGAGACAAUUUCAAACAUCGAACCCAAUAUUCUAGGGAUUCAGAUGGCUAUGAGCCUGUAAAAUCACACAGAAAUGAAGCAAAGGCAAAAUACGACCGACGCAAUUAUGCUCAUCAACGCCACGUAGAAAAAGAAGAAAGAUCGUCAACCAGACGUAGAAACCACUUUCCCGGAAAUAAUUCUUCAGAAGAAUACUACAACACAUCACCCAGCAAGCACAACAAAGUGGAAUACUCGCCUACAAGACAACCCCAUAGAAGCGACGAUUUUAGAAACUCGUCUAGAAGAGAAUAUACUGAGAGGAGCAGACAUUCUAGGCACGAUUUUGAAAAUCAUGAUUCAGAUAGUGCGCAUUCCGCUAGACCGUCUGAAGAAGAAAUGUUUGAAAACCAAUGUUACCCAGACGGACCCGGAAACAGUGAUGACAUAAAACAGCAGUCCAACCAUUCAAAACUUCACCGCACCUUGCUAGUAAGCGAUGACGAAUCCGACUCUGCUAAACCCACAUCACGCAGAGGUAAAAUAGAGGGAAAGGAAAAAAUAAAAAGAAACGACGACAAGGAACACCACUUGACUAUACGAAACCCUACAAGCCGAACCCAAGACGACCAACAGAAAUUGACCCCCGCCGCCUCCAACAUGCAGAAAGAGCUCGCCAGUAUCACAGACAAUGUGAAUAAUCAGGAAAACUUGAUGCAAAAUGUAUCCGAAACAAUGAAAAAGCAACAAGAGAAUGUCAAGCAGUUUAUGGAGAAGAUUGGAUUACUUUUAGAAAGUAACAAAAUGGAAAACAUCGACACUUUGAAAAAACAACUUAAGUCUUUUUUGUCUAAUGCUGAAUCUAGCGACUCAGAAGAUGGCAGAAAUAAACAUCAUCAAACGGAACACAGCGAACACAAUGAGAGUGAAACCAUCUCCAAGGAUCUUGAAAGUGCCACCCAGAAAGAAUCGCCAGAACUUGACUACAAAGUAACAUAUACCUAUAGAACUAACAACUCAGAAGACGACAAAUCUUCAAAACCGAGAACUGACGAUGCAAGACCUGAGUAUCCGAGUCCGGAGAGAACUUACAACGAUCCAAGAGAACCACGACAUAGUGGCGCCAGAUAUCACCACGAAGAAGACAACAGACUUGCAGAAGCAUCUGGAAGUAGAAACCACCUCACCAGAAGCAAUUUUUCUCCUCGAUCAACAAGUCCAGAACGAUACCAUUACCCAACCGAGAGAAAAUCACACAGAAGGGACCAUAGAACGCAUUAUUCACCUAGACGUCACCGUUGUCGUAGCGAAAGCUAUGAUUCAUCGGACCGUGACUUUAGAAGAUCGUCGCGCCGUCAUGCUACGAGAUACACAGGCGAAUCCGAAAGUUAUGACUCAGACGACAACCCAUCUAGGAACCGAACGAAAUUUAAAUCUUAUAAAGCCUAUGAUUCAAGUAAUGAUCGUCAUAAGAAAUCACGUCACGUCAAAAAUAAAUCUUCUCGUAGACGUAGAAGUUCAGACGAAGACAUUGACACGAAACGUGAGAAAAAAUCACACAGAAGACACCAUAAAGGAAAACGCUCGUGUAGAUGUCACCGCAGUAGUAGCGAAAGCUAUGAUUCAGAUGACGAUGAAUCUAGAAGAUCGUUUAGUAGUGGUAGUGCAAGUUCUGCUAAAUCCUUUGACAGCAGAAGCAGUGUCAAACGAUCUAAGGAUAAGACUGGUAGAUCAAGAGGCUCAGAACAACACCGCAGCACAAGAACUGAGAAAAAAUCGCGACAGGAAGUGAAAGAGUCGUCUAAACGUCAUGGUCACCGCUCUAGAAGCGACAUUUCCGAUUCGGAUGACCGUGAUUCUAGAAAAUGGUCCCAAAGAAGUGGUAAUAAGCACUCUAGACGCAAAGACAAAUCUGACUGUGAUUCAGAUGGUGGUCAUACUACUGGAAAUGGUCUUAAGAAGUCCAAGAAUCAAAGACAGUCUAAUAAAAAACACGAUUCAGUUGGUGACCGUCCCGUCAAAUCUUCCAAAAGUGCACACAGCGUACCAAAAGAUAAAAAAAAAACUGGUGAUUCAAAUGAUACGCGUCCUGCAAAAUCUUCUAAGAGUGGAAACACGAAAGAUGAAAAGUCUGCAACCCUGGGAAAGUCUGAUUUGGUUGAUCCACAUUCUAGUCAAUCUUCCACAAGAGAACCUAACAGCAAUGAAAGAGAGUCUGAAAAGCAGCCUAAUAAGAACAAAGAAAAUUGUGAUUCCCUUGAUAAACAAUCUGUUAAAUCUUCUAAUAAAGAUACAGUUCAAGUGAGUAAGCCUAAAAAUAAAAUAAGAUCCAAGUCUGAAUAACACACAGUUUAACGAAAAAUUCAGGAAACAAUUUUAAAAGCACACAAGAGUUGGUAGAACUUCAGGAGGUUCUCGAUAGACUACUUAACAAUUAGUAUCUUAAGCACUUUUUAAUUAAAUAUUGCACUCUAUUGUGUUAGAGUUUGUCACAAUAUUUCAUUUAUUCAUUUUAGUUGGACUGACUGCAGUCUUCGUCUUUGUAAAACUUUUAUAUUUCUGAAAUUCUAUAUAUGUGUUUUGUUACAUAACAAUAAAAUAAUGUGUUAAAAAACUGCAAAGU